CCAAUCACAAGGGAGAAGAGGUGGGCGCGCCUCCUGCGAAUCAAGGGUUGCAGAAGCUGGCCAAAUCCUAAACCAACGACCUUUGGGACUGACUUUGUGAACCGGGAAGCGACGAGCCAGUUCACAGAUUGCAAGGCUUCGACCUGAGGCGGGUGGAAGUAUCUCCGGACCCGGGGCCGUAGGAGACUCGGGUUUCAGCUACUCCUGCCUGCAGCCCUCUGUGGGGAGCAGUCUGUGUCCUUCAGGCUACGCCCCGCGCCUCCUCAUUGGCUCCUCCAGGCACGUGGUCAGGUGGUCCCGCCUCCGGGUGGCCUGAGAGGCGGCACGCGAGGCCGCAUGGACUGCUUGGCGCCGGGCCGAUGGAGACGACGGAGGAUGGAGGAGCUGCCAGCGGCGGGGGACGCGAAACGGGCGUGCAGGAGGUCAGAAGCUGGCGGGCAUGAGUGCACUGGCCACAUGCUAAGCACCCGUGCCCUGGUAUCCUGGAGUACAGAGGACCAGGAGCCAUGGUCACGAGGCCCACCUGCACCACGACCAGACUGUAGCCAGGAGAGUCUGAGCUCAGUGGGCCAUUUUAACCAUACCGGAAAUCAUUAGAAGAUGCAAAUGGGAAGAUGGAAGAUUCCAGUUGAGUCUGAAUCCUUGUGUGAUUGAUGGCCAGCACAAAUCCCUUACAGCUGGCCUGGGUGCCCAUGUGUUCAGAUGGCAGCCAGGGCUCCCUGCAGGGGCUGUUUGCCUCUCAGGUAAUCCCACUCUCCUCUGCAGAAGGCCAGGAACAUCCUAAGUAUGUUGGCUCAUUGCAGCCUAUUCUCUAAUGUCCUCUGCUGGACAGUAAAUUAUCUAGAAGUCAACAAAUUCUGUGUCAAACUUCCUAGAUGUUCCGGAGCCUCUUAGCUCAUGUAAUCAAAAGGCUCAGCCAGAGAGAGAUCUCACUGUCUGUGGACUUUGGGGUUGUUUCUGGACAUAACCAGGGCUGCUCACACACUCUUUUUAAUUAAAAGACUUAUUUCUAUAUUUAAAA